AUGAAGGAGAUGAGACCCAAGGCUUUCGACGGUUGGAUAGUCGUCUUCCUCUGCCUGCUGACUAAUUGGAAAUCGGAGGCGGAGGCCAAGAAUAAUUUCGAGAUGCAAACGGAUAACUUUACUUGCAGCAGCGAGGAUGCAAACUCAAGGAUUCUCAAGGAGUUUCGCUGCGGCAUAAGUAAAAGUGCCAAACGUCGCACUUGGCACAUGGAAUUCAUGCUCAAGCAACCGGUGGCCGAGCACGACUUCUUCAUGAAAAUCGUCCUGCCCCGCAGGAGUCCUCUGGCGGACUUCGUCCUGCUCAAUGUGACCACCGAUGGCUGCCAGUUGCUGGCCAACCGCAAUCAAGUGCCCCUCAUGCGCUUGGGCCGGAACAUCAUGGAGCGCUUCAGCAACUUUCCCAAGCAGUGUCCCUUCAAGGCCAACUCGACCUACUACAUCAGAGGAUUCCGGCUGGACUUGAACCUGCUGCCCGCCGUCGACAUGGAGACCCCAGUGCACACCCAGAUCAGUUAUCGGAGCAAACAUCAGGGUCUCAGUUGGAUCAGCGGCUUUCUAAGGGCUCGUGUUCAACGAGUCAACGAGAAGAAGCGUCCCAAGUAG